GGUUUGUCUGUCAAGCGCCAUAAGUUUCGUUCCCCCCCCAGUUUCCCAAAUCAGGCGUGCCUGUCAGUUGUGAUUCAGCUGAAAGUGCAUUUCGUUCGUGGUUUGAUUCAAGAUGGCAAGACGCAUGAUGUCCCGCUUGGGCCAGUGGUCUUCUUAUGUUUUUGCAGUGGACUUCGAUACGAACUCUGACCCAAUCUACUUCGCCCUAGCAAGCAAGCAGAGCGAGCGGCCACAAGUGUUCAGAAAUGUCCUCGCUGAUGAAAUGUGCUACUCGCUCCAUGUGCAGAGCGAUGACAAAAUUGAAAGAGCAAAGUUUUAUGGAGGACUGAAAAAAAAACUUUCAAAAGAGUUACCUCCGGAAUGUACGAUUUUGGAAAUGUCCAUAUUUCAGCCCAAUGUCAAAGAUUCUGUCAUCAAAGGAUAUUUUCUAAAAGACGCAUCUAAGUCCUCAGCGACUGAACGAGUAUUAGGCGAGUUGCUUCGCAAUGAUCCAGUCUAUGUAUGCUCCUACUUGUGCGGGGGAGAGGACAGACAGUGGUCGCAACACCUGUGGUCCAAUACAGAAGACGGUUGGGUGGAGGUGUUGGAGAAAUACUGCGUGGUACCUGCUGAAAAGCCAGUGCAUCAUCCUUCAACUCUCAACAUUAUCAACUAUGACGUAUUCUAUAGUUUUGAGGAUGCCUACAAAGUUCUGCAACAGUGUGUUGACAUCAUCCCGGAGUCCAAGGCAGUGCUGGAGCUUGUGGACCAGCGACUCGAGUCUAAGGAGAAAACGGACUUUCCUGUUAUUGUCAUAGAGGGAUUGGAUGCUACAGGCAAAACCACUCUGACUGAGUCCCUGACGGAGGCACUGGGGGCCACUCUCCUUAAGUCCCCUCCGCAGUGUCUGUCCCCAUGGAGGGCCCGCUUCGACACUGAGCCCCCCCUCAUCCGCAGGGCCUUCUACGCCCUUGGGAAUUACCUGACAGCAGGACAGAUAGGCCAGGAGGCCAGACAAGCACCUGUCAUUGUAGACAGGUACUGGCACAGCACAGCAGCCUACGCCAUUGCCACGGCGGUGGGUGGUAAGCUGGGUAACCUUCCCCAGGCUGGCAGUGAGGUGUAUGGCUGGCCAGGGGACCUCCUGAGGCCCAGCCUGGUGCUGAUGCUCAGCCUCAGCUCACAGGAGAGGAUGAGGAGACUACAGGUCAGAGGUCAGGACAAGACCAUGGAGGAGGAGGAGCUGGAGGCCAAUCACCUGUUCAGACAGAAAGUGGAGGAGGCUUACCAGCGGAUUGAGGGCCCGGCCUGCGUCACUGUGGAUGCCAGUCCUUCUCCAGACCAAGUGCUCCAACAAGUGCUACUUUUAAUUAGGGAAAAAUGCCACUUGUAAACAGCUCCUCUCCUCCUCUCCCAGUCUUGCCCCAGAUGGCUAAUAUUCUGUUGUGGUCCACUAGGUGGUAGUAGAGUGCCAUUGAUUUGACAGAGGCAGGGCUAGUGAGAAGAGGGCAGGGUGUAGUAGAGGAUCUGGACUGUGGAUAAGCCUCAUAUGGCAAAGGGCCAGUACUACACACUCACACACACACACAAUCAUGCAUGCACACAGUAGCACACAGUCUCUCUCCUUCACACACACACACAUACACAGAUAGAACCAAGACCCCGACCAGUGCAUGUCACAACAUGUCCUAUUCUGUAUGACUGCCAUCAGUGAGAUGAGGAGAAACGUUAUUAUGAAUGCCAUUGUGUUCUGUCAGUAGUGAUACUUAGGGAUAUGCAGCCAGACAGCCCACGGUGACAACCAUUUUUAUUAGGCCUGAGAUUCAGGAAAUGAAAGGGAGGGUUUGUAUAGUCAUCAGUCACAUCUAUUUCAUUGAAACGUAUGGGCCAGCAGCUAACUCUACAUUUUCCUUUUGAAGUAGCUAUAUGGACCCAGGGAUUAAAACGCACACACAGAGCAAUAUGAUACAUUUCACAUUACAAUAACACUGCUCAUUUGUUUGAGUACUAUUUCAAAUUAAAGGAAACAUAUUGAAUAUACCAGG